GCCACCGCUCUCCUGCCGCCAUGUCGACCCUUGCCACACUCGCGGUUGUUCUGGCCCUCAUUGCGGCAUGCCUGGCGCAGUCGCCGCCGCCGCCACCCAUGACCAACACACAGAGCGAGACGGUGGACAACGAUGACCCCGCCAUCGGCCUCGGUCUCGCCAUCGUGGCCUGCGUAGGCGUGGCCGGCAUUGUGUGCCUGGCCGGCUACUGCUCGCUCAAGCGCGACGAGCGCAAGCUGUCCAAGAUGGAGGCCAACGACUUCCAUGAUGAGCACUCGGCAUAGUUAUGCUCGGUGCAUAUGCUACUUGUUGUCGCUGCAUCUGCCGCAUCGCCGCCUGCCUUCCCCCCGAGCCUCCUCUCGCUCCGCCAGCCCGACCAGCAUAGGUCGGGCUGGCCUUCCCGCCCGGGCCCUGGCUGCCCAGAGCCCUGCCGGCAUCGCGCGAAGCUCCCCCCCGCUACCCGCCUCAUGCAAUAACAAUUGCCUUUACGCUG